CCUAAAGUUGCGUUCAGAGGUGGCAGUCGCUGCUGGAGUAGUGCAGAAGCUGGUGGCCGGCUGACUGAUGUGUUCAGUGGCGUAAUGACAGGCUCUGGCUCGCUCUAUGGUUGCUACAAAUCACAGAAUGAAGAAAACGUAGAGCUACCUCAGACCUACAGUUCUUCCCUUUCAACAUCGGAGUACUCUGUGCCCGUGGAUUCUUCCCUUUUGUAUGCGCCAUGGUCCUCGUGUGGGGAUGAGCCGAAGCAGCCUGCUGCUCCUCAGAUCCAUGGGAAGUCCAGGAUUCAGCUUGAAAGCAAUGAUUACGGCAGUGAAACAGAUUUAUAUGGACUUGUGUCUGACAUCUUGGAGGAGCAAGAGAAAUCGCAGCCAUGUUGUGCUGAGGGGAGUUGCCCUUCCCACUUGAAGUCAGUAUGGCCCAUGAAUGCACCCAGAGUCAUAGACCACCAUGACCUGUUGCCAGAGACUAAAAGACCAGUUGUUGGGGCUGUCCCCCCGCAGGGCUUUUACAGCAGCGAAUCUGUGUCUGCUGCUGAAAAGCAGUACUUGCAAAGCGGUAGCCUCGCGGCGCAGCAGAGAGUAGAUGAAUGUUACCGCGGGUUUACCGGCAUAGAGCUCGACGAGCAGUAUUUAUACCCUUCUAGGAAUGAUCAUGCCAGCUGUUGCAACAUGCAGACUAAUGAGAAUAUUAAGACAACACCCAUCUAUCACAACUACCCGUGCAUAAAAAACACCUUUACACCCCAAGUUGGGUGUUCAGAAGUAAUCAAAGACUCGGGAGCCAGUGCUUAUUCUUACGGAAGGGAGAAGGUGUGUCCCAAAGGAGCAGACGUGCAGUCGCACCAGAAGCAGGCAGAGACGUUUCUUCCGCAGUUUCACAGAUAUAGUGAAAACCCAGAUUAUAGUAGAUACACUGAAUAUUCUCAUGCUAGUAAGGCAAAGCCAAACAAGAGCAGCAAUUGUAGCCUCCAAGAAAGAAAGUUAGGAACCACUGAGGCACCAGCUCUGGACACAGAACCCUAUACUAAAUUAUUUCAAGUUAAAUCAGGAACUCAGAAAAAAAUAGAAGAUAGAAUUUCAGAUUACCAAACCCUUACAUUUCCCAAGGCUGUAGGUCUUCUAUCAGAAAAACAGUUUGCAAAUGAAACUGCAUUCUGCCGUGAUUUUGGGCAAAAAUAUGAAUAUGGACUAAAAUCUUUCGCAGCUUGUCCAGGGAAUAGUGACUGUGCAAAUGGUGUAGAAAAGCAGCAGUUUUCCAAGUCCAAUCUCCAGAAUUCUGGAUAUGGUAAAUCACUUCCAUUGUUGCCAAACGCAGCAAACCCUUCAGCAGGUGCUCAUGUGAGGCCAGCUUGGAUGAACAUGCCAACCAAAGCCCCUGCUUCCAUCCCAUUUCAGAAUCCAAGUCCUUUGUUGAAACUGAAUAAUCAUUUACCUGCUUUUCCAAAAAGUUCCAGUCGUUCUAAUGAUUUUUUUCAGUUACCAUCUUCAAAUUUCCCUUUAAAUAGUAAUUUAUCUCACAAGUACUGUCAAGAUAAUCCUUCACUUUUUUCAAGUCUCGAUUCUGGUUAUAAUGCUGCAGAACGAGCUCGCACUGCUGCUUGCAUGGAAGCACUAGUUAGGAGCGGAGAAGAGAAUCUCAUUGGGUAUUUAAGUGAAAAGAAAUUAAAGCAGCCAAACGGAUUCUGUGACAGUUACUCAGCUCAGCAGUUUGGGCUCAUUGAAAAUAUGAACAAACACCGUUUCCAGCUGAAGCCACAGAGGGAGCGUUAUGAUCCGGAAGGACAAAACCACGCAGAUGGGUUGUUGCCGAACGCGUACCAAGACGUGCCGGAGUCCCAGGGUCAGUUCCAUCUCAGGCAGGGAAGCGGAGACAGUGUCGGUCCCAUGACUUACCUGCAGGCUCCCAGCUUUUCCAGCCCUGGCCUGAUGGGCGACUUCAGACGUAACCAGCAGCUUGGUUCAGGCGUGUUCCCCAUGAGAUCAGCUCACCUGUUGGGCCAUUCCAUCGUCCCUCUGAUGGAGCCUCACGACUUGUUCUCCCAUGAAGAUUUAAAAUGCUUCUACCCUUAUUUUAGCGAUAAGAUGUCACCGUACGGUGACAGUUCUUUUGCUGGUUUGGUACCAGCAUUUGGAUUUCAAAGGCAAGUUAAAAACCAUAGUGGGCCUGCCAGCGAGCUGCAUGUUAGACUAGAAGAAUGUUACGAACAGUGGAGAGCUUUGGAGAAAGAAAGAAAGAAGGUAAAACCCAAUGGAAUUAGUAUGCCAUAUCGCAGUUUGAUGUAG